AUGGGCGCAACCACAGACCCAACCCUAGACCCUUCCGACGAACAACAAAAACGCUCCGAGAUCUACACCUAUGAAGCCCCAUGGCACAUCUACGCCAUGAACUGGAGUGUCCGCCGCGACAAAAAAUACCGAUUAGCCAUAGCUUCUCUCCUAGAACAAUACCCUAACCGAGUCGAAAUCGUUCAACUUGACGACACAAACGGCGAAAUUAAAUCCGAUCCAAAUCUCUCCUUUGAACAUCCAUAUCCACCCACCAAAGCAAUCUUCAUCCCUGAUAAAGACUGUCAACGCCCUGACCUCUUAGCCACCUCCAGUGAUUUUCUCCGAAUAUGGCGAAUCUCCGAUUCCGACGAGGCACAGUCACGCGUCGAACUCAAAAGCCUCCUGAACGGUAACAAAAACAGUGAGUAUUGCGGUCCUAUUACUUCCUUUGAUUGGAAUGAAGCUGAACCGAGAAGAAUCGGAACUUCCAGUAUUGACACUACAUGUACGAUUUGGGAUAUUGAAAAAGAAACCGUUGAUACGCAAUUGAUUGCGCAUGAUAAAGAGGUGUAUGAUAUAGCUUGGGGUGGUGUUGGUGUUUUCGCUUCGGUUUCUGCUGAUGGUUCCGUUAGGGUUUUUGAUUUACGCGAUAAGGAACAUUCGACUAUAAUUUACGAGAGUUCUGAACCUGAUACACCGUUGGUUAGGCUUGGUUGGAAUAAACAGGAUCCUCGUUAUAUGGCUACGAUUAUUAUGGAUACUGCUAAGGUUGUUGUUCUUGAUAUUCGUUUUCCGACGCUACCGGUUGUGGAAUUGCAGAGACAUCAAGCUAGUGUAAAUGCUAUUGCAUGGGCACCACAUAGUUCUUGCCAUAUUUGUACUGCUGGGGAUGAUUCUCAGGCGUUGAUUUGGGAUCUUUCUUCAAUGGGUCAACCUGUUGAAGGUGGGCUUGAUCCUAUUUUGGCUUAUACUGCUGGUGCUGAAAUUGAACAGCUUCAGUGGUCUUCUUCUCAGCCUGAUUGGGUUGCUAUUGCUUUCUCCACUAAGCUUCAGAUUCUCAGGGUGUGA